GAAUCACAAGAUGACGUGUCACCUUUGACCCAUUCUCUAGUCUUUCUUCUCUCUCUCUCUCUCUCCUUUGAAUGAGAAUGGAUGGUUUACCAACUUGGCUACUGGUAUUUCCUUGAAAAUGGCUGCUUCAGAGGCUUCGCCUUAGGCCUUCACACAUCCAAUCAAACCAAAAACCAAAACCAAAACCAAAUCAAACCAACGGCUCUUCUACCGACUACUUUGAUGUUAGACUUCACCAAGCAAGUCUCUCUUUCUUCAACAAUCUCAGCUAUAUUAUAUUACUAGGAUUUGUUUAUUUUCUUUUCUUUUUGCACUUUCCUUCACUUUCUUUUUGUUUCUUUUGUUCAACAUGGCAGUCCCAUGCCUUGGGCUUUUACUGGGUCUUAAUUAUAACUCUUAUUCGUAUUUGAAUUUUCCACUUCCUCCUUCUUCUUUCUUGUUUUAGAAAAAGAUAGUAGUCUUGAGAGAGAGAGAGAGAGAGAGAGAGAGAGAGAGAGAGAGAGUCAAGCGUUUUAGGUGAAGAAAAAGAGCAGAGAGAGAGAGAGAGAGAGACUGAGAUUUCACAAUCAGUUAUUUAUUGUGAAGAAACCAACUUCCCUUUUUCGAUGGCCUUUCCUAGAAGAAUCCUUUAAUGUGUAUCCGUUUAUUUGUGGAAUUUCAUUGAGCUGAGUUUCAGAUGAUAGGCCAGCAAGAUAAUGACCGCCUUGCAGGUGGUAUUCCCCGGAAAAACUAUUUACGGUCCGUUUCUUGGACUGACAAGUCUCCCACUCAACCUAACCCCAGACCCCAACCCAACAGCAAGGCUCGGUCCUGUUUGCCUCCCCUCCAGCCCCUUUCAAUCGCCCGCCGUCCUGUUGAGGAGUGGCCUACGGCUGGCCCUGAUGAUCUUGGGGUGUGGCCUAAUCCCCAGACCCCAAGAGGCCCUGUUAAAGCCCUCGACAAUUCUAAUAUUGAGCAGCCUGUGAAGGAAUUUCAGUUUAAGAAGGAUAAGCUUGCAUUUUUUGAUAAGGAGUGCUCGAGGAUUGCUGGUCAUAUUUAUUUAGGAAGUGAUGCUGUGGCUAAGAAUCGCGAAAUUUUGCGCCAAAAUGGGAUUACUCAUGUGCUGAAUUGUGUUGGUUUUGUCUGUAAUGAGUAUUUCAAGACCGAUCUUGUGUACAAAACGCUUUGGUUGCAAGAUAGCCCAUCAGAGGAUAUCACAAGCAUUCUAUAUGAUGUGUUUGAUUACUUUGAAGAUGUUCGAGAACAGGGUGGAAGGGUUCUUGUUCAUUGUUGCCAAGGAGUUUCAAGGUCCACUUCUUUGGUCAUUGCCUACCUUAUGUGGAGGGAGGGCCAAAGCUUUGAAGAUGCCUUUCAAUAUGUGAAGGCAGCUAGAGGAGUAACAAAUCCAAAUAUGGGUUUUGCUUGUCAACUUCUGCAGUGCCAGAAGCGUGUUCAUGCUGUGCCAGCUAGCCCAAAUUCUGUGCUUAGGAUGUAUAGGAUGGCUCCACACUCAUCAUAUGAUCCUCUUCAUCUCGUGCCAAAAAUGUUGAGCCAGCCAGACGCAAGAGGACUUGACUCUCGGGGUGCGUUCAUUGUCCAUAUUCCUACUGCAAUCUUUGUUUGGAUUGGGAAGAAUUGCAACUCAGUUAUGUCAAACCAAGCAAAAGUAGCUGCCAAUCAGGUCAUCCGUUAUGAAAGGGCUCAAGGUCCAAUUGUGAUCAUCAAAGAAGGGGAAGAACCAUCAGAAUUUUGGGAUGCUAUUGCUAAUGGACAAAUCCCAGCUGAUGGAUGCCAAAAAGUAGAGCAUAGAAAAGAAGCCGCUUCGUCUUCUGGGAAAAAUGAGAACAUUGCUGCAGCAAUUUGUAGCGGGGUUUGUGAGAGGAAGGUUGAGGAAUAUGAUUCGGAUUUUGAACUUUUCCACAAGGCACUUGCUGGUGGGGUUGUUCCUCCAUUUUCAGUAUCAAAUGCUGGAUCAGAAACCUGCCUCCCUGCCAGGGAAAAUGGAUGGGGCAGACUAAGGCAGAAGUUUGCUAAUGGUAUAAUGAAAGAAUUUCUCGCAUCAUCCAAACUGAAGCAUGAUCAUGUUUCAUCCAUUGGCGGAUCAGAUAUGAUUAUAGAUGCUUGUAGAGAAUCUGAAAAACCUGUUGAUUAUCCAUUAUCAUCACCAUCAGCUUUUCCAUGUGGUUCUCCAGAUUCCUUUGAACCUUUCCUGAACAGCAGCCCAGAUAGGAUAAUGAAUUCUAGUGAGGUAGAACACUCUGUUCCCCUCACUGAUCCUUUAUUGCCACCACCUACUCCCAGUGGUUCUCCAGAUUCUUUUUCAUGUUUUCUAGACAGCAGCCCAAAGUUUGGUUAUAAGUCCCCUACACUCUCACCUUCAACCUCUGAGUACUCAUCUAGUUCAUUUGCCUUUUCACCCUCGUCCUCUAAUUGGUCUGACUUGUCAUACUUGUCGUCCCGGCAGCCUUCACCUUCUGGCUUGGAAGCCACAGAUCCAUUUUAUGCCAAGAAUGCUCCCCCAGCAGAUAAUUUUUGUUUACCUUACAAAGAAACUCCAUCCUCCACUGGAAAGGUGUUUUCUGAUAAUCAACCUUUGAGAUCAGAAAAUACUUCUUUGCCAUUUAAAGGGAUUCCCCCUUCUAUUGCAGUGCGGAGAGGGAGUAACCCUCCUUCCCAUAUGUUGUUACCCUCAGUUGAUGAGCCGUCUCAAGUCACCAGAAACCUGGUAAGAUCCUGGUCUUUUUCUCUUCAGGACUUGAAUGAUGAUGACAUGAAAGAUAUUCACAGUGAGCUAUUUGAGCGUGAAAGUAGUAGGGAAGAACAAAUGUUGGAUGUUGAUACCAGCAGUGCAGGCGAUUGUGCACAAAGCGAGUUUGAAGAGGGAAAAGAAUACAGUAACUCCCAUCUUCCCUUGUGCAAUGAGACUGGGAAAGCUGCUCAAAUUACCACUCCAAUUUGUUAUCAGUGGCCUAACAUGAACAAAGUUGACAUGCAUUGCCUUAACAUCCCUGAUUCUGGGUCAGUGUAUAUUUUGUUGGCUCCAGACUUAACAUUGCAUUCAAAUAAUUCUGGAAUAUUAUAUGUCUGGUUGGGGCAGAAAGUUUUAUGUGAAAAAGGGCAAAGUGAAUUUAUAAGCGGCACUAGCAGUCUCAAAGAUAUUCAUCCAGAUUGGAAGGUGAUCGGUCACAACUUCCUUGAUCAAAUGAAUCUCCCUGCAAAUACCCCUAUGCAGAUUGUUAGAGUAGGUGAGGAGCCAGAGCAAUUCCUCAACCUUGUCAAUGGUUUCUCAUUUCAAAAGGUAGAAGACAGCAGCCAGAGCUAAGGUGGCCUCUUAGAGUUUGGUUCAUUAGCUUUUUAAGCAUGGUGAAAUGUUGGAAUGAACCAAUUUCAGCAUAGUGAAGGUGAGUGGCAUCCAAGGCAGUAUGGGUGAUUCUUUCUCUGCUUAUGUGAUGUAAUUGAGAGUACCAUUGCAACCAAUCAUGUACAGAAAACAAAUGUGCUGUACGCUAAUAGGAAUUAGAAGUAAAUAAUCAGUUGGAAUAAAGAUUCCAUUAAAUUUCCAUUCAAGGAUAAAGAAUUUUCAGGAGGGUUUUAUACGUUUCACGGUUCAUGUGAUAAACACAUUAACCAUUGAAUGACUUGUAGGUUUUUCUUAUAUGAAAUGAUUCUUCAUUCCAGUAAAUAAUAUAUUCGCAUUUUUGUUUUA